CACAUCUGAUCCCCAACGGUCCAAAACCCCCCUCUCGCCUUCCUCUCACUUCUGCUGCCCUUUCCCCAAAUCCCAAAUUCCCCCAACCCCUAAAUUCCCUGAUUCCCCAAAUCCAAACACACCCCAAUUUCUUUUCUUCCCCUCAUAAAUUCCAAUUCUAAUUCUCUCCCGAUUACCAAAAUCCUAUCAACCCUCAACCUUUUCUGUUUUCUCCUUAACCCCUCCUUAAUUCUUCAGCCUUUUUUCGUCACCUACUUGUACAAGUAACUCCCCACUGCUACGAUCUAAAUCCACAUCUACUACUAGUAUACUUUUCACACAUAUCCAUCUAUACAUCUCCAUACCUGUAUUUGUAUUUUGUACAGAAGUACAUGCAAAGUUAUGGACCCACAACAACCUCAACAACAGCAACUUCCACCACCACCACCACCACAGCCACAGCCACAGCCACAACCUCAACCUCAGCCUCAGCCACAGCCACAAUUACAAUCUGCCAUGACAGCUCCGCCACCGCAACAGCCAAAGCCACAGCCACUGCAGCAGCUGCAGGCUUCCACUCCUGCUGAAGGGGCAGCGUUACCUCCGAUUCACUUCACUCAGGUGGCCAACCCCACUCCUAAUGUGGUCCCUGUCCCUGUGCCCAACCACCCGCCUUAUGCUCAGAUGAUAACGGAGGCAAUAACAGCGUUGAAGGACAGGAACGGGUCGAGCAAGAGAGCUAUUGCUAAGUAUAUUGAGCGAGUUUAUUCAAACUCGAAUCUUCCGUCAACUCACUCAGCCUUGUUGACUCAUCAUUUGAAGCGGUUGAAGGAGCAAGGUAGUAUAGCCAUGGUCAAGCACUCUUACAAGCUUGCUAGAUCUCCUGUGGCCCCUCCACCGGUGAAUGCUAAUGGACCCAAAAGACGCCCUGGCCGUCCUCCCAAGGCCAAAACUGGGCUUACUCCACCGCCUGCACAGCCUGGAACGGCCGCCCCGGUUGUCGCCUCUGAUGGGUCUUUCACCGUCCCUGUAUCUGUCCCCGUUACCGGGCCUGUUCCUGUUACAGAGUCGAUUUUUGCUUCACUUGGGCUGGUGGAUGCGCCAGUGCCGGUUCCUGUGUCCGAAGGGCCAGUGUCGGUGCCCGUGAUUAAGAAAAAGCCUGGGCGUCCAAGAAAGGUUGAUUCCGGUGGGGCUGGGGUUGGACUUCAGCCCACCCCUACAUUGGCGAAAAAGAGCACUGGCCGCCCGAGAAAGGUUGCAGCCAAGAAUGCUGCUCCACCUGGGACUGGGGUCUUUCCAGUAAGCCAAGCAACCCAGCCAGUAGGCCAGCCGGCAAAGCAGCCUAAGUUGAAGAAGGAUGGAACUCCAAUGAAGCCACGUGGUAGGCCUCCGAGGAAGAACGUGCAAGUUCCGGUGCAAAAUCCUACACCACUGAGUGUGGCUCCUUCAGCUAGCGCCACAUUGGUGCCUAAUGUUUAUGUUGGUGAAGGAGUUUUGGCUGCAGGCCCUGCUCCAGCUGUGAAGAGGCGUGGGCGGCCCCCAAGAGCUCAGAAUGGACCAAAGACUCCGAGGAAGCUCAGCGGCAAGCCUUUGGGCCGGCCCAAGAAGAUAUCUUCACCGCCUGGAGUUCAAGGUUCAAGUAUGCAGCAGCUCUUGGCAUAUAACGAGAUGAAGAGCAAACUUGACUUUUUUCAAUUAAGAAUCAAGCAGACGGUCAGCGUGCUCAAGCCGUGCUUAGACAGUUCAACGGCAGCAACUGCACUGGGUGCACUGAGAGAGCUAGAGGAGCUAGCAAAUUUAGAGUUAGGCCCACCAGCAACUGUUCAAGCGCAGCAGCCUCCGCCACAGAAUCAAGCAUAGCUGAUUGGCAAGGUAGUCGGAGGAUUAGGAUUUACAGUUAUAGGCGGUAGGAAGCUGUAUUAGUGAGUCAUUGCACUAGAGGAUUUGUGGUGGGAAUGAUAAGUCCUUACCAUGUAAUUGUGGAUUAUGUGCAGGAUGAGCUUUAUGUUUAUUUUUUUUUUUUUUCUAAUCCGUGGAUGAAACUUGAUAAUUGGUGUUUCUCGUUAGUGCCUUUUAAGUAAGUGGAUGCUCCUUUGUGUCUUUA